AUGUCUGAUGUACCAUGGGAAAGCGAAGAGAAGCGAAAUUACAUUUGUAUGCGACAUAUUAUCACUGAUGUUGUAAGUGAAGGAUUGAGGAAAGUUUUUAAAAACGAAUGGAACACUCGUUUCCAGGCAAGUUUUGGAGCAUGGGAUGACACCAGUGCAAGUGGUGUGCAGUUGUUUCAUCAGGAAAGUACACGCUCAAGACCAAACAAGAACGUGAACCAGGCAAAAUUUCAACAUGGAGAUACAAAUCAAUGGGAUUCUUCCGUGCUUUUUGACGCAAUUUUGUUCUCCAACUCUAUUGGUAAAUCAAGUUUGAAUCCAAUAAUUAACACUGCAGUUGACAAUAUUCGAAAGAUGAGAAAUAAAAUUAUGCAUGCUGAUGAAACAAUCCUAUCUGAUGCUGACUUCCAAACCAUGAUCAAUGAUGUUGAAAAUGCAUUUAAAGCCUUAGGUCUUCCAAUUCAUGAUAUCGCACGAAUUAAAAUUAAGAGAAACCGUUACAAAUCAUUUCAAGUUUUACCUUCAAAGCCAAUCCACCAAGUUGUUUACCGUUCUGAGAAAAUCAACGAAAUGAAACAGGAACUCCAGACAUUGCGCACUAGUAGCGGAGGGAAACUUACAUAUCUCUAUAUUUCUGGAAAUCCCGGAAGUGGUAAAUCAGAACUAUCCCGGCAGAUGUGCGAGGAUUUGUUCAAAGGCGUAAAUUGGGAAACAGAGCAGACAUUUGCAAUGACAUUGGAUGGAAAAGAUGAAGACAGUAUUCUCCAAUCGUAUCAAGAUUUUAGUCGACGUCUAAAUUGUUCCGAGAGUAUACUGGUAAAUGUAAUGAAUUCAUGCAAACCAAAACGUAAAAAGAUCAAAGAUUUAAGAUCACUGAUUGAAAGCAUAAUCAAGAACUAG